UAAUCAGCGCAAUUGGUGCAAUUCGUGGUCCCACUUCAAUAGGCUCUUACGCACUCUUCAAUUUUGCCCGCCAUUCCAUUCUUUGGCGGGGAAAUUCAGACCUACUCUCCUUCCGAGGAGGGAAACUUCAAAAAAUCAAAACCCUAAAUCUCAACUUAUACAUAUAUACACCAACACAUAUCCCGCUCAGUUCACGAUCAUCACCAAGAAAGAAGUAAAGAACGAUCAUUGCUACCGGUUCUAGUCUGAAUCAGAGCUGUUUGACAAAAGUCCUGAUCGGAGAGAUGUAUGUGAUCAAGAGAGAUGGGCGUCAGGAGGCCGUGCACUUUGACAAGAUCACCGCUAGGCUUAAGAAGUUGAGCUAUCGACUCAGCCCCGACCACUGUGACCCCGUGCUUGUUGCCCAGAAGGUCUGUGCGGGCGUCUACAAGGGUGUCACCACUAGCCAGCUCGACGAAUUGGCCGCAGAGACCGCAGCCGCCAUGACCACUAACCACCCUGACUACGCAUCUUUGGCAGCAAGGAUUGCUGUUUCUAAUCUCCACAGUAAUACUAAGAAAUCAUUUUCUGAGACGGUUAAAGACAUGUAUUACCAUAUCAGUGAGAGAUCUGGACUUAAAGCGCCUCUCAUUGCUGAUGAUGUUUAUGAGAUAAUCAUGAAGAAUGCUGCUCGUCUGGAUAGUGAAAUCAUAUAUGACCGAGACUUUGAUUAUGAUUAUUUUGGUUUCAAAACCCUUGAAAGGUCUUACCUCUUGAAGGUUCAGGGGAAAGUUGUGGAAAGGCCACAACACAUGUUGAUGAGAGUUUCUGUUGGGAUCCACAAGAAUGAUAUUGAAUCUGCCAUCAGGACAUACCACUUGAUGUCUCAAGGAUGGUUCACUCAUGCUUCUCCAACACUUUUUAAUGCUGGAACUCCAAGGCCCCAGUUAAGUAGCUGCUUCCUUAUCUGCAUGAAAGAUGAUAGCAUUGAGGGUAUAUAUGAUACUCUAAAGGAGUGUGCUGUAAUUAGCAAGUCAGCGGGUGGAAUUGGUGUCUCUGUGCAUAACAUCCGUGCUACUGGGAGUUACAUUCGUGGGACGAAUGGAACAUCCAAUGGAAUUGUUCCAAUGCUACGUGUGUUCAAUGACACUGCAAGAUAUGUUGACCAGGGAGGUGGCAAAAGAAAAGGUGCUUUUGCUGUGUAUCUUGAGCCAUGGCAUGCGGAUAUCUUUGAGUUUCUUGAUUUAAGAAAAAAUCAUGGAAAGGAAGAACAUCGUGCACGAGAUCUCUUUUAUGCUCUCUGGGUUCCUGAUCUCUUUAUGGAAAGAGUGCAGAGUAAUGGGCAGUGGUCUUUAUUUUGUCCAAAUGAGGCACCUGGAUUGGCAGAUUGCUGGGGUGAAGAAUUUGAGAAACUUUAUACAGAAUAUGAAAGAAAGGGCAAGGCAAAGAAAGUUGUACAGGCACAAAAUCUCUGGUUUGAAAUCUUGAAGUCUCAGAUAGAAACUGGUACUCCCUACAUGCUAUAUAAGGACUCUUGCAACAAAAAAAGCAACCAGCAGAAUCUUGGUACUAUUAAGUCUUCUAACUUGUGUACUGAGAUUAUUGAGUAUACAAGCCCAACGGAAACUGCUGUCUGCAAUCUGGCUUCAAUUGCUUUGCCACGAUUUGUCAGGGAAAAGGGGGUUCCAAUUGAAUCACAACCAUCUAAGCUUGUUGGAAGCAGAGGCUCUAUAAAUCGAUACUUUGAUUUUGACAAACUGGCAGAGGUUACUGCAAUAGUUACAACUAACCUGAACAAAAUUAUUGAUGUCAACUUUUAUCCUGUUGAAACUGCAAAGAACUCUAAUUUGCGUCACAGGCCCAUUGGGAUUGGUGUCCAAGGUCUUGCUGACACAUUCAUUUUACUCGGCAUGGCUUUUGAUUCACCAGAGGUGAACUACCUUGAUGCAACAGCCCAGGAUCUAAACAAAGACAUAUUUGAAACAAUAUACUACCAUGCUCUGAAAGCUUCUUCUGAUUUGGCUGCAAAGGAAGGCCCUUAUGAAACCUAUGAGGGUAGUCCCAUUAGCAAGGUAUAUGGUACCCUCCAGCCAGAUAUGUGGGGAGUCACCCCCUCAAAUCAAUGGGAUUGGGUUGCUCUCCGAGCAAUGAUAGAAAAGAAUGGAGUAAGGAAUUCUCUUCUUGUAGCACCAAUGCCCACUGCUUCAACAAGCCAAAUUCUUGGAAAUAAUGAAUGCUUUGAGCCAUACACUUCCAACAUUUACAGCCGCAGAGUUCUAAGUGGCGAAUUUGUUGUGGUAAACAAACAUCUUCUUCAUGACUUAACUGAGAUGGGUCUUUGGUCACCUGCACUUAAGAACCAGAUUAUAUAUGAGGAUGGAUCUGUGCAGAAAAUCCCUGAAAUUCCUGACGACCUUAAAUUAAUCUACAAGACUGUGUGGGAGAUCAAGCAAAGGACUUUGGUUGAUAUGGCUGCUGAUCGUGGAUGCUACAUAGACCAGAGCCAAAGCCUUAACAUCCAUAUGGACCAACCCAAUUUUGGAAAGCUUACUUCCAUGCAUUUUUAUGCUUGGUCCAGGGGUCUGAAAACUGGAAUGUACUAUCUCAGAUCACGUGCAGCGGCUGAUGCUAUCAAGUUCACUGUUGAUACUUCCAUACUCAAUGAAAAAACUAAAACAGCUGUUGAUGAUGAAACCAAAAUGGCACAAAUGGUGUGCUCUUUAACAAACCGAGAAGAGUGCAUGGCUUGUGGAAGUUAAAGAGAGUGAGUGAGUGAGUCAUCUUCUCAAACCAAGAGACCUUGAGAUUUUCUGCUUGGGGUUUUUGGUAGUCUUUCACUGGUAUAUUAUGAUGUUAUGUUGACAGUUAAACACUAGUUGUGAGAUAUUUUACGUAUAUAUUAUGUGUAUAGAAGUUGCAGUUACACCUCGUCUGCAAGCUUAUGCGUUGUUUACUAUCUGAGCUUUGGCUUGAAAUGCCAUAUUAGUGUUACUCUUUUGUUAUGUAUCAUAGGAGAAAACGUAAUGAAUAGUGAUAUUCAAUAUUUUGUUACU